UGAUCACGAAGCAAGGAGGAGGCGGAAAUAAAAGGAAGAGAGUAUGUAAAAAAGGUGUUGAGGUGGAAUGAAUUCAUUUGAUUUCUUUCUUCUAAUUGGGAAAUAUUGAAUCCAUCCAUCUUCCCCCACCUCUUUCUUACAACUCUCCUUUUCUCUCUUCGUCGUCUUCCCACGGUAGUUGACGACUCUGAGAGAUAUAUAUCAGAUAUCUUUUAUAUCCUCCCAUUAUUCUGCGUCGUUAUUCUUCCCUUCUCUUGCUGUCUUUCAUGGUAUGAACGAUUGAUUCUUCAACUGGCCGGUGUUUGUGGGUUUCAGGCUGCAUCAUGGCCUGCUCUACUCAAUCUGUGACUAUCGAGUCAUACCUCGACAAUAGUACCACCACUUCCUACGCUGCUACGCCCUCGGAAGAGACAGCGCUGCUCCGGGAUCGGAAGCGCAGGCACUCCUUUCAUACGGCUAGGAAACUCUCCUGUGACUACGAUGCGGACGCUAUUUUCCUGAGGGUCGAACUAUUCCUUACGGAAUUGGAACGACGCCUCCACUGGAUCGAAGAAUAUCGUCGAUCGCACAUGGUCCAAAUUGAUGCUAGCCUACGCAGAGCCUAUGCCACCCUCGAGGCUGUGAGGGACUCCUGUUCCCACGCCUCCGGGGAGCUUAUGGGCGGUGGUAAGAAGAGGGCUAAGAUUCUGGUCGAAACGCUCGAGGAUCGCUACAACGAUGCCUUGGCGACGAAAGAGACCUUGGAACAAAAGGCGCAGGCCGGUAUUCGCUUGAUGGAAUCGUUUCUGAUUGAAUUUGAGUCCCGCGCUCAUGCUGUCCGGGACCGCGGCGUCUACGGAGCCUUGGAUGAAGGAUGGAAAGCGGUCGACUCCAAAUUGGUCCAGGCGAGAGAAGCCGUGGAUGAAGGAAUGGAACGAGCUCGUAGAGCCAAGGAUGUCAUGCGAGAGAAUAUUGAUCAAGCCAUUUUGCUGGCCCAGGAGAAGGGCUUGAUUGGCUAUGCUGAUCUUCCUCACCCAUGGCGGAUAAAUCCCCAUAUCCUUGAGGGCUAUCGGUUCACCUCCUCGACGGUGGAAUGCUUCGCCUCGAUGUUCGCUCCUUCGAAUGAGCUGGUCAACAUCUGGUCUCACCUGAUUGGCCUUUUCAUUGUCCUCUCAAUCGCUUUCUACUUCUACCCACUACAUACCAACUUCCAUCUGAGCACCAAUUCGGACAUGCUGGUUGCGGCGGUCUUUUUCUUUGCCGCCUGCAAGUGCCUGGUCUGCAGCACCUUGUGGCAUACAAUGAACAGCAUUGCUAACCAACCACUCAUGGAACGGUUCGCCUGUGUUGACUAUACUGGAAUCUCCCUCCUGGUCGCGGCCUCGAUCGUGACGACGGAGUACACAGCUUUCUACUGCGAACCAACAUCCCGCUGGAUCUAUAUCUUGCUUACCAUGUCGCUCGGUAUUGGUGGUGUUAUUCUGCCCUGGCAUCCCACUUUUAACCGGUCCGACUUUGCCUGGGCCCGCGUGGCCUUUUACGUGACCCUGGCCCUGACCGGAUUCGCGCCUCUGGCACAGCUCACCUACACCCGGGGGUUCGCCUGGUGCCUCUACUUCUACGCCCCCGUCGUGAAGAGCAUCCUCGUAUACUUCACCGGCGCCUGCAUCUACGCCUCGCGCAUCCCCGAACGCUGGCGCCCGGGACUCUUUGAUUACUUUGGCGGAAGCCAUAACAUCUGGCACUUGGCCGUCCUGGGAGGCAUUCUCUUCCAUUACACAGCCAUGCAGGACCUUUUCGCUGGCGCUUUCCAGCGCGCCCAAGGUGAAUGCCCAAACCUCCACUCCUAAUCAACCAAUCACCGGGCGGCACCUCUGAUGUGUUAGCGGAAGUACAUACAUUAGUACCUACCACCUAGGUACAGAUCCAGCAACUCUCGCAUUCAUUUCCCUGUGCGACCAAUCAGCACGAGGAUCUACGGCCUUGGUUUGACCCGUACCGAAAUAAAAUCAAAUCCCGAUCACAGUAUAGAAUCUAGACUACAUGAGCUGUCAGCAACGCUACUACGGAUUUAUCCCUUAGUACUUGCUUUGCUUUGCUUUGAGACGGAAUCUAUGGAGAGGAUUUUGUCCUGAGCUAAUCUUUUGCAUGAGUGGAGUCCAGUCUGCUUGCUCCUUUCUCUUUUCCAAUUCAAUCAGCGCACAACAUCGUUAUUUCAUUAUCCUGACCCCAUACACCACACACAUAUCUCUCUCUGUCUAUCGUCUCUUGCCUUCUUGUAAAUAUUUCUUUUUUUUUCCCUUCUACGUUGUUUUUUUUUUUUUUUCUUCGGGCUUGUUUAGAAUUGUUU